AUGGUGACUGAGAAUUGUCUUUAUCAACUUGGAUUAAAUUGCUCACUUCUCGAAGAGGUUGAUCUUACUGAUUGCUUUGGUAUUGAUGACAUAGCUCUAAGAUAUCUAUCAAGAUGUUCAGAACUUGUAAGAUUGAAAUUAGGAUUAUGCACAAACAUAUCAGACAUAGGAUUGGCACACAUUGCUUAUAACUGCCCAAAAAUGACUGAACUUGAUCUCUAUCGAUGUGUACGUAUUGGAGAUGAUGGGCUAGCGGCGCUAACGAGUGGAUGCAAGGGGUUGACAAACCUCAACUUGUCAUAUUGCAAUAGAAUUACAUAUAGAGGGUUGAAGUAUAUCUGCCAUCUUGGUGAACUAUCUGAUCUGGAGUUGUGUGGGCUUUCAAAUAUCACAAGUGUUGGUAUAAAAGCAGUUGCAAUAAGUUGCAAGAGAUUGGCAGAUUUAGAUUUGAAUCAUUGUGAAAAAAGUUGA